AUGAAUAAUAAUAAGAACAAUACUAUUAAUGAAAAUAAUAAUUUGAACAGAAAGUUAGAAGAUUGGACAUUUGAAAGUUUAUUUCAAUUGACAAAGAGAGAUGUUCAGUCGUUAUGUAGGAAAUAUGAGGUUGAAUAUGGAUUCUCUCAUAGUAAACAAAAGAUGAUUGACUCUCUUCUAUUGAGAAAACAAUCAAAGAUUGAGUAUAAAUAUACACCCGUAACGAAUAGCAGUGAGAAUUACAGUCUUCCUCAUGUCAUACUCAAAGAUAUCCUAAUGAUGUCUCACAGACAGUACACAAUUAGCUGCCACUCCACUCUAUUGUCUGGUUGUCUCAUUUCGAGCAACCAUUACCUUCGCUGGAAUUCCAUUCUCACCAUUGCUUUGCUUUCAAAGAGCAUGUAUCACUGGAUUCAAAACACUAUUCUUGCCAACAAUCCGAUUCAUUUCGACUCUAGGGAUUCACCUCGUCUCCACCAGCGAAGUCAUCACUGUGAGUACUCACUGAUUGCCUACCAAUCGAUAAAGAAGCUUGCCUUUAGAGGCACUGCUUCCUUCCUUGCCAAGACACCGCCAAUGCCCAGUCUCGUAGAGCUGUAUGCGCGCAACAUUGAUUGUUGGGGUAAGUCGUUCGUUCACCAAGCGUUCUCGGUAAUGGUGAAUCUCCGUCGUAUCACAAUAAGCUACGGUCCGCUCAGUUCAGAGCUCGUCAAUGAAAUGGCGAAACUCCCACUCGUAAAACUCAGUCUCAAUCACGUAAAAGUAACACCGUACGUAACAUCGGUGCAGAUCUCACGUUACCUCAAACGAGAGCAAAACAAGCUGAUCUCACUCAAGCUUCCAAAAGAGGUAUAUGUCAACAGUCAAACACUGGAACUACUCAGAUUCAAAUCGAAUCUAAAGAGAUUGAAACUUACACUUGACAAUGACUUGACCACAAUUUCAAAAGAUAAAAAUGAGAAAGCUAAAGCUGAUGAUGAUGAUGUUGAUGUUGAUGGUGAUGCUGUUGAUGAUAAUGUGGAAUCAACUCAUGAGCAAAUGCAACUGGAUAAGAUCACAUUGGAGAAUAGAUAUAAAAUGUAUCCCAAUUGGAGGGUUUUGUUACUUUGGCGUUGCCAAGCUUGGUUUAAACAACAGUUGAUCGAUGGUAUCAGCAAUAUGACACUGAACAUCUGGAGUAAAGAGGCACUCUCGUGCUUCAUCAGUAAAAAAGAAGAUGAAUUACACUCUAGUACUGGUAUUGGAAUACCAAAUCCACUCUCAUCAUCUAGCUCCUCUAUAUCAUCGACUGGUUCACAACAAGAAAUAACAUUGAACGAAAUACAGAUAUUACAAGCACAUACUGACUCUGUAAAGAUUCUAUUGAAAAUCGAUGAUAAAAGGUUAGUUAUCAAUCAAUCGACAAGUUCUGAUCAAAUAGAAUCUAAUUAUUAUCAUUUAUAUCUUAUUUGCUAUAACAGACUUGUAUCAGCAGGAGAUGAUUCAACAAUUUAUAUUUGGUCGAUUGAAACAGGGCAUAUUAUGUACAGAUUGUUAGGACACACCAGUAGAGUCAAUUGUUUACUUCAACUGAAUAAGAAUAUUUUGAUAUCGGGUUCGAUGGACAAGACCAUCAGAAUGUGGGAUCUAACCAAACUGAAAUUCAACGAAGAAUCGAAACUCUACUAUAUAGAACCGAUAUUAACAUUGGAACCAAGAACAGAACAAAGAACCAGUGGUGAAACCAAAGUAAAUACAACAUUUUUAGAGAAAAUUCCAGGUGGAUUCUGUUCUGCUUCAAGAGGUGGUGAUUUAUUUCUUUGGACAGAGAAUGGUGAAUUAAUUAGAAAAGUUGAACUUUGUAAUGAUUAUAUAAAUGCAAUAUUAUGUGUAAAUGGAUAUAUUUUAACGGCUUUAUCAACAAGUCCGUAUUUGGCAGCCUAUAAAUUGGACAAGUCGGAACCGGCGGUCAAUCUACGUGGCCACGAAGGUCAUGUCAAUUGUUUGAUGAGUAUGAGCGAUCGACAUUUCGUGAGUGGUUCAAGACCGAAUGAGAACACCGAAAAGUCAACAAAGGAAUCACCGAAACCGCGAUUCCUCAGUAGCAAAGUGUCACACCAAGACAAGACACUGAUCAUUUGGAACAAAUCAGAUUUCUCACAGGUUGCAUCGAUCUGUGAUCAAACCAUUAGCUAUCUCUUCCCGAUCACCGAACACUACUUCCUUGCAACCGUAUUCAAAGGAUUCUCGAUCUACGACAUCAACGGUCAACUCAUACUCGAACAGAAACCAGAGAUACCAGAGAAUGAAACUGAACUUAAAGGUGCAAUUUCUCUUUAUGAUAAUACAAAGAUUAUAACAUGGUCAGAUCUAAGGUUGAAAAUGUGGUCUUGGAAUAUUGGACAGAUCGAAACGAAAAAGAAAAGUAUUCUUAAACCUUUGUUUAUAGGUGAGAUAAGGGGUCAUACUGAUUAUAUAAAUUGUCUGACGGUGCUUGACGAUCAUGCGAUAGCAACAGGCAGCUCCGACCACGAUAUCAUCCUGUGGAAGGACGGAAAAGACCAAACUGCAAUCAGAAAUCACUUGGCAGGCGUUUCACUCUACAAUUUUCAAAACACAUUCUUGCUUGAUCAAAACUAUUAUGACGAUAUAGAUCAUCAACAACAUCUACAUCAACCAUCUAAACUACAAGAAUUUAAAUAUGAAGACAGAGAAGAGAUAUUAAAUUAA